GGAAGCGCUGCACCAACUGUACCUGUGGGUAGACAGCAUCCCUCUGUCCCGGCCCAAGCGAAAUCUCUCCCGGGACUUCAGUGACGGAGGAAGGUGCUGAACAAAUUGAGCUUCUCUGUACCAGAUGACGUGAUGCGCAAGAUCGCACAGUGUGCCCCAGGUGUGGUGGAGCUGGUGCUCAUUCCACUGAGGCAGUGCCUGGAGGAACAGCAGAGGCGCAGGAAGCAGGGCACCAGCUCCUUACAGGAGCUGGCUCCCCAGGAUGGCACUGACUACAUGGAUGUGGGUUUGUCCCAGAAGGCCCGAGGGAAAGGUGCUCCAGACCCCCAGGGAGGGGGACAGCUCAGGGUGGGCCGGCUGCCUGUGCCCCGGCCUCUGGGGUAUAGCCAGGCGCGGCAGGUCGACCGAAGCCUCAUCCUCCAGAUUGCUGAAAAGGAGCAGGAGCUGUUGGCCUCGCAGGAGACUGUGCAGGUCCUGCAGAUGAAGGUGAGACGCUUGGAGCACCUGCUCCAGCUCAAGAACGUGCGCAUCGAAGACCUCUCCCGGCGGCUCCAGCAGGCGGAGCAUAAGCAGCGGAGAAUGGACUGCUUUCCGGAACCUAGAAGCCACAUGCAGAGACCUGGCAUGCACCCCAAAGCAGUGCCUGACACCAGAGGGGGCUCUAUGCUCCCUGUGCUGGGCCUUGGACGUUGGUCCCCCAGCUCGGUCCACACCCCUAGAACCCGGUCCCCACCCAGCUCUGAUGACAGCAGCGUCUCCAUCCAGGCUAGUCCUCUGUACCCUGGGCCAAAGGGGAAGCUGUCCCAGACAGCUGAGGGGCUUCCUUGCCCCUCCUUGGCACUCACCUGGGACCCAACUGGAGGCUGGAAAGUGCAACAGCUGAAGAGAAAGGGGUGAGGAGUGAGCUCAGCCAGGAGUGGGGAAGACAUGGGCUGUGCCUGUUCCAA